AUGGACAACCUCCGGCAGGAAUCCUUCAAGCAGCUUCGAGCGCCAUGCGUCGAGCUCAGCUCAGUAGGUCUUCGCUACCGAGGAAACCAAGCCUCUGCCUCCGAUGUGUCUCGGGUCCUUGAGCCGGUACACAACUGUUUAAAGAAGCUUGCGGCCAACAAUGCCCUUGACGAGAAGCUAGCCGAAUAUGCUUUCUUCCCGCUAUCACAUAUCUUCAACGAGACCCAAAGAUUACCCGCACGAUGUCUGGAGUCCGCUGUCCAAUGUUUACGGAUAUUGGUCGCAGAUGGAUGGCGGCAACGGCUGUCUCCCGCAAUGGGCAAACAACUGAUAAUACUGUUGACAUUAAUCGUGGGAGGGUCUCCGAAUAAGGCGGAAGAAAAGCAACUACCGAAGCACAAGGUCUCAGAAGAGCUAUGCAUUGCUGGGUUCGACUGUCUCACUGCUAUCUUCGCGGUCUUGGGAGGAUCAGUCGCUGAAAAGACAAUCUAUCAUGAAAUUGGCACGGCGACGGUCGUUGACCAGACAGUAUAUAUUCUGCUCGAAGGAAUCGUCGAUGAUAGAUCAGAUGAGCUUUGUCUGGCAGCCGCUAACGCUUUGCAAGCGCUUUAUGCUCGGGUCACAGACCGCGUAGUGCUUGCCAGCAUUAUGCCGCGGACUGUAUCAGCACUGGCUAAAGUUCUGAGGCCCACAACUCAAACUCGCAGGUCGUACAAACUGCUCCACACUUGCUUGGAGAUACUUACGGAACUUUUGAGAGCCGUUCUCAAUGACCGUGUCGCCUCAGAAGCUGCACCGCCCGAGCUAGGAAGCGACAAGAUGACACUAGACGACUCGUGGCUGAAGGCCACUGUAACACAGAUCAAGCUGGCGCUGGCCAAUGUCAUCCAAGUUCGCCGUCAUCAGCGAGUGGAGGUUCAGUCUGCCGUUCUCGAGCUGUCUCUGAUGGUCAUCGAAGAGUGUCAGAUCACACUUGCAGAGUCUGUGCCUAUGAUGGUGGAAACGGUUGUUGUUCUGGCGGAUAAAGAGGAUGAAGGAGCGAACGAGGCAUACAAGAACCUCAUUCACCUUGCCACAACAUAUCCUAUAGUGCUGGACUCUUUGAAAGAGUCACUGCACGCCUGGCUUACAUCCUUCCCUCGGAUCAUGCAAGGCAACGAUGAAACAGCUAAGCAAUGGGGUCUUCGUCAGAUCUCCACUGUCUUCCAGGUCUUAUCCCAAGUCCAGUCCGGAUCCGAUUUGCUUACCAGUGGCUUGGCAUCCGGUCUAUGUGAUAGCGUUGGGGCUGUCGUAAAACAAAGCAGCAACGCUCUCCAGCCGUUGGCCUCGAUGGAUGCUGACUUCAACUGGGAGGUGAUCAGCACAGAUGCUAGAUCUGAAGUAUUCCCGCCAAUCAUUUUGCAACACCAAAGCCAGCAGCAAACCCUGAAAGAUCUCUGGUCAAUGAUCACAAGGCUGAAUUUGUCCGAGUUUGGAAAUGAAAUCACUCGGUUCAUUGUCAACCGUAUGCACACGACAUCAAGCGAUUCCGCCAUUGCUCCCUUCUGGUUGGCGAUGGCUUUCUUACGGGACAACACCACGUCAACAGCCGUCUUUGACGAAUUCAUUUCUUUCGAACAUGUCGGAGCGUCCGUAUCGUCAACUGGCCGUGCCGGAAUGAUCGAGGAAUUGUAUUAUGUCUCAUUGAAUAUAUUGAACGAACUGCCAGCCGACGGAUCGGGUGACUGGCGUACCUCAGCACUCGCUCUAGAAUCAGUGGCUCUUCAAGCUCAGCAACUAGGCGAAGCUUUCCGACCUGAACUUAUGGAUGCGCUCUAUCCGACUCUACAGUUGUUGGCGUCACAAAACCCCAAUCUCCAACGCCAUGCCAUGACAUGCCUCAAUAUCCUGACCAAUGCCUGCAAUUACCCAGACACGAGCGCUAUGAUCAUUGAGAACGUGGACUAUUUGGUGAACUCAGUGGCCUUGAAACUCAACACAUUCGAUGUAUCACCUUAUCCGCCACAGGUCCUGUUUAUGAUGGUCAAACUUUGUGGCGCACGAUUGAUCCCAUAUUUGGACGAUCUGAUCGACUCAGUCUUUGGUAUCUUGGAUCUAUACCACGGUUAUCCCAAGCUCGUCGAGAUGAUGUUCAAGACCCUAGCUGCGAUCGUUGAAGAAGGAGCAAAGAAGCCAUCCUUGCUCACGAUAGACGAGGGCAAAGAGAAUGGCACCCACGAUACCCGCAAGUCCCAAUACCAGCAUCUCUCAAUCUCAAGUAUUGCCGCGAACAUGGCCAACCGCAAAGCCAAACGCCUUGCUGACGCAGAGCUGAUGGACGCCGAUGGCAAAAUCCCGCAUCCGAAAAAGCCCUGGUCCGAAACAUACGACAAGCCUCCCCCAGAGCCGACCAUCGAAGAGCUUCUAGACCAAGCCGAAUCAGACGAACCGCUCCCACCCCCAAAAGAACCCGAAGACGCCGAGAAGCCACUGAGCAAAACGCACUCCCUCCUCCUCCACAUCGUCAAAUCCAUCCCGUCUCACCUGACCUCACCAUCCCCCUACCUCCGCCGCUCCCUCCUCUCAAUCCUAAUCGAAAUUCUCCCCGCCCUCUCCCAAAACGAAACCAGCUUCCUCCCCUUAAUAAACGACCUCUGGCCAACAGUAGCCAGUCGAAUAAUCUUCCCCUCCUCACAACCAACCAGCACCUCCAAAUCCCUCAUCACAACCCCAUCCACAGAAACCCCCCGCAACCCGGAAACCCCAGACCACCAAGAAGAAACCUUCGUCACAGUGACAGCCUGCGAAGCCAUCGAAGCCAUGUGCAAAGGCGCAGGCGACUUCAUGGCCACCCGUGUCGAAACCGAAUUUCCCCGCUGGGACCGACUCUACCGCCGUGUGUGGGACAAAGUUCGCGUCGACGCCGAGACCGCCAAUGAACGUCGUGCUAGAUCCAAGCCAAAUACAACGGAUAGCACCGCCAAGGCGGGUGAUCUAGAGUCCGCUAUGCAACUGGCGCUUUCUUCGUCGCUUUCGCUUUCGCCAUCCGCGCCGGGAUCGAGAUUUUUCACGCCCCAUCACCGUCUAUGGCGUGCGUUGAUUUCUCUAUUUGUCACGGUUCUGUCGCAUGUUCGCUUGCCGUUGGAGGUUGGAGAUCGGAUUUGCGAAAUGCUUAGUGGGUGGAUUGCGUUGUUUGUUGGACCGGAGUAUUACUUUAUAUCUUCGAGGGGUUCUACGGCUGUGGAUAGUGCUGCGUUUGGUGAGGUUAUGGUGUCGGUUGAGGAUGCGAUUCGGGCGAUGGAGGCUUGGAAUGUGGAUUUGACGUGGUUUGUUUUCAUGCGGCAUCGUGUGAGAGCGAGUUCAGUUACUACGGGUGAUGUUAAAGACGUUGGUCAGAAUGGCUCCACUGCCAAUGGCGAUGGGGAGCAGAUUGUGCUUGCAGAGCUGACAUUUUAG